AUGCCUGCCGUCGAUGUUUCCAAGGUCCCUGCCGCCUCCGGCAAGGAGGUCGCCCAGUCCGUGGCCGUCCUCGAGGACUUGAUCAAGAACCUCAACAUUUCCACCUCCGCCGAGGAGGUCAACGCCGCCGCCGGCAACCUCGCCACUCUCUUCAGCGGUCCCAUCCCCGAGCAGACUCUGCCCGCCAAGGCCGCCGAGACCUUCGUGAAGCAGCUUGCCAACAAGAAGGAUGCCACUGCCCGUGAGCGUGCCCUCGAGGGCAUCCGGGCCAUUGCCUCCCACGCCACCAUCGCUCCCGGUGUCGAGCCCCACCUUGCUGCUCUCCUGGGCCCCGUUCUUGCCGCUGUUGGUGACAAGAUGACCCCCGUCAAGGAGGCUGCCCAGAGCACCGCCACCGCUAUCGUUCAGGCCAUCAACGGUAACGCCGUCAAGGCCAUCGUCCCCGCUCUCCUUGAGUCCAUCCAGAACGCCCAGAAGUGGCAGGAGAAGAUGUGUGCUCUCAACUGCCUCGAGCUCCUCGUUGAGUCUUCCCCCGCUCAGCUCUCCUACCAGGUCCCCCGCCUGAUCCCCGUCAUCUCCGAGGCCAUGUGGGACACCAAGAGUGACAUCAAGAAGGCCGCCUACACCACCAUGGAGAAGGUCUGUGGUCUCAUUGUCAACAAGGAUAUUGAGCGCUUCAUUCCCGAGCUCAUUAAGUGUAUCUCCAAGCCCGAGAACGUCCCCGAGACCGUUCACUUGCUCGGUGCCACCACUUUCGUUUCCGAUGUCACUGGCCCCACCCUCGCUAUCAUGGUUCCCCUGCUUGACCGUGGUCUUGUCGAGCGUGAGACUGCCAUCAAGCGUAAGUCCGCCGUCAUUGUCGACAACAUGUGUAAGCUUGUCGAGGACCCCCAGAUUGUCGCUCCUUUCUUGCCCAAGAUGUUGCCCGGCCUGAACAAGAACUUCGAGACCCUCGCCGACCCCGAGGCCCGUGAGAAGACCCGCCAGGCCCUUGACACCCUCACCCGUGUUGGUGAGAUCAAGGAUGGCAAGAUUCCCGAGAUCUCCAACGCCGGUGACAUCUCCACCGUCUCUGCCAUUCUCAAGGAGAUCCUCCAGGAGAAGUUCGCUGACCGCAUUGCCACCUGCGAGACCAUCAUCAACUACGUUGCUGCCAUCGCUGGUCAGCUCGUCGACGAGAAGGACUCUGAUUCCACCAUCUGGACCCAGAACGCCCUUCCUUACAUCGUUGCCAUCACCGGCGAGGAGGACGCCCGUUCCGUCGCCGAGACCCUGCGCAAGCGUGCUUCCCCCGAGGCCGCUGCCGCUGACGAGGUCCCCUCCGAUGAGGAGGAGGGUGUCGAUCUCUGCAACUGCACUUUCUCCCUGGCCUACGGUGCCAAGAUUCUGCUCAACCAGACUCACCUGCGUCUCAAGCGUGGUCAGCGUUACGGUCUCCUCGGUCCCAACGGUUCCGGUAAGACCACUCUCAUGCGUGCUAUCAACAACGAGCAGCUUGAGGGUUUCCCCAAGAAGUCCGAGGUCAAGACCGUCUACGUCGAGCACGACUUGGAUUCCGCCGAUACCGAGCAGACUGUCCUUGGCUGGACUCUCAAGAAGCUUGUCGAGGUUGGCCUGGAGCCCGUUGAGGCUGACGUCAAGGACAAGCUGGUCAACGAGUUCGGCUUCCAGGAGUCCCAGCUCGAUGGUCUCAUUACUGCCCUGUCCGGUGGUUGGAAGAUGAAGCUCGCUCUGUGCCGUGCCGUUUUCGAGAACCCCGAUAUUCUGCUGCUCGAUGAGCCUACCAACCACUUGGACGUCAAGAACGUUGAGUGGCUCGAGAACUACCUUAAGAGCUCCCCUUGCACUUCCAUCAUGGUGUCCCACGACUCCCGCUUCUUGGACCACGUUAUUCAACACGUCAUCCACUACGAGCGCUUCAAGCUUAAGCGUUACCGCGGUACCCUGAGCGAGUUCGUCAAGCGCGUUCCCUCCGCUCGCUCCUACUACGAGCUGUCCGCCUCCGACAUGGAGUUCAAGUUCCCCGAGCCCGGUUUCCUUGAGGGUGUUAAGACCAAGUCCAAGGCCAUUGUCCGUGUUUCCAACAUGUCCUUCCAGUACCCCAACACUCCCAAGCCCCAGAUUCGGGACGUCACUUUCCAGGUCUCCCUGGGUUCCCGUAUUGCCGUCAUCGGUCCUAACGGUGCCGGAAAGUCCACCUUGGUCAACGUCCUGACUGGUGAGCUGAUCCCCACCUCCGGUGAUGUCUACCAGCACGAGAACAUCCGUAUCGCCUACAUUAAGCAGCACGCUUUCGCUCACAUCGAUAACCACCUCGGCUCCACCCCCUCCGAGUACAUUCAGUGGCGUUUCCAGACCGGUGAGGACCGUGAGACCAUGGACCGCGCCAACAAGAUCGUCACCGAGCAGGACGAGAAGGCCAUGGACAAGAUCUACAAGGUCGAGGGUACCCUCCGUCGUGUCAUUGGUAUCCACUCUCGUCGCAAGUUCAAGAACACCUACGAGUACGAGAUCUCUUGGUCUCUGGGUGACAACAUCGGCAUGAAGUCCGAGAAGUGGACUCCCUUGAUGUCCGCUGACAACACCUGGUUGCCCCGUUCCGAGAUCAUGGAGUCUCACUCCAAGCAGGUCGCUGAGGUUGAUCAAAAGGAGGCCCUCGCCUCCGGUCAGUUCCGUCCCCUUGUCCGUAAGGAGAUUGAGCAGCACUGCGCCAACUUCGGUCUCGACAACGAGCUGGUCUCCCACUCCCAGAUGCGCGGUCUGUCCGGUGGACAGCGUGUUAAGGUCGUCCUCGCCGCUUGCUCUUGGCAGCGUCCCCACGUCAUCGUCCUUGAUGAGCCUACUAACUACCUGGACCGUGACUCCCUUGGUGCUUUGUCCAAGGCUAUUAAGUCCUUCGAGGGUGGUGUUAUCAUCAUUACUCACUCCCGUGAGUUCACUGAGAACCUGACUGAGGAAGUCUGGGCCGUCAACGACGGUCUCAUGCAGCCCUCCGGCCACAACUGGGUUCAGGGUCAGGGUUCCGGUCCCCGUCUCGACGCCAAGGGUGACGAUGAGGAGGACAAGUUCGAUGCCAUGGGUAACAAGAUUGUUACUGAGAAGAAGAAGAAGCUUACUGGUUCUGAGCUCCGCAAGAAGAAGAAGGAGCGUGCUGCUCGCCGCAAGCGUGGUGAGGAGGUCUUCUCUGACGAGGAUGACAUCUAA